UUAUUCAUGUGUGGAGUAGUGGUUAAAAAUAUCUGAUAACUAUUCAAGGUUAAAAGGUAGGACAAAAUACCGUUUGAUAUACAUUCAAGAAUUUGAACGAUUACGACUAUUAAAGGGAUAAAUCAUAAUUAAAUCAAAGAGAAAGGAUGUCUAAACUUACUGUAGAAUUUCCUAAUGGAGAGAAGGAUGAAUUUGUCCAUGCGUAUGGCUUGACAUUUGCUUCCAAAGUUUUAGAUCGACUGUCUACCAGAGACCUGAAAUCACACAUCGAUAAUAUUCGAAACCUGGAGAUACGAGAUGAUGACGUAUAUCUUGCCACCUAUCCAAAAUGUGGUACACAUUGGGUUUGGGAAAUUUUGGUCAUGUUGAGAAGAGGAAAUGCGGAAUACGAAACAAAAACAAAAGAGGCAGCUUUCUUGGACUUACAGUCACCGGAAGUAGUAAGGGACAUUCCAUCCCCGAGAGUCUUGAAUUGUCACUACCCUUGCAAACUUACGCCUAAAGAAAUUUUUCAGAAAGGAAUAAAGAUUGUACAUGUGAUGAGAAAUCCAAAGGAUGUUUUCGUUUCAUUUUAUCAUCACGUUAAAUCCAUGCAUUUGGUUCCACUCACUAAUAGUUUUCAAGAGUUCCUGCCCCUGCUUCUGGGAGACUACGGCAUUUAUCCGUAUUGUCCGUGGUUUCAAUAUAUGAAAGAUUGGGAAAGGUUUUCAAAACAACAUCCUGAACAGAUACUGAAUCUUUUCUUCGAAGACCUAAAAGAGGAUCCUGUCAGAGAAAUUAAGAAAAUCAACAGUUUUCUUGAGACAGGAAGAAGUGAUGAUUUAAUCAAAAGGAUUGCUGAAGCUUGUGACUUUAAGAACUUAAAGAAAGCUGAUGCAGAGAUCAAGGUUGCUGAAAAAAUCGUGGACGAGAAUAAGAGGUCAAAUAUGUACAGGAAAGGAGAAGUUGGAGACUGGAAGAAUCACUUCACAGUUUCCCAGAAUGAAAGGAUGGACAAAUGGCUUGAAGAAAAUUUCAUAGAUACGGAUCUUAAGUUUAGAUAUACAUUGUGAAAACUGAAACACUUAUUGUUAAUUUACAAUCAAAGUGCAGAAUGUAUGUGAACAUUUCUAAAGAUUGUGUACUUAAAACUAACUGCUUUGUUUGAUUUGGGCUAAGCGCCGUCUUUCAACAGUAUUGUUCCUGAAUUCUGUACCAUUACUAAACUGUUCUUUUCAACUAACUUCCAACUUUUCAAAAAUAUAUAGAGACAGAGGAUCGAAGAUUUCCGACAUGAACGUCACAGAGAACAUACGCUUUGCCCCGGGAUCAAACUCGUGACUCAAAGAUCGUUAGAUCUGCGCUUUUCAUAUCUAACUAUGUUGGCGGACAAAACUCACUAUAAAUUACAAAGAAAGAUAUGAAAAUCUAUUUUAAAAACUUGCAAAAAUGAAAUAUUCACAUGCUAUACCACACUUUUGUAAUUUCUGAUAGCAUAUACAAACAUAUAAACUUAUUCAGAC